UAAAAUGGGCUUCCGGAUAUGGGAAGGGGAAUUUGGCCAUGUGUGUCGGCGAUUUGCCUUUCAACAGUCAUCGUUCACAAUCGAACCUUUGCGAAACAGCACAGAAACAUUCGUUUACACGCGUACAGGGAUGGGUGAAUCAAGGACAGAGCUGAUCGCAUGGAUCAACGACCUUCUCCAGGUCAAUUACACUAAGAUCGAGCAGUGUGGGACGGGCGGAGCGUACUGCCAGAUUGUAGACUCGAUCUUUGGCGAUGUACCCAUGACAAGAGUUAAGAUGAAUGCAAAGCACGAGUACGAGUUCAUUGCGAACUUCAAGAUCCUCCAAAACGCAUUCAGAGCACACAAGAUCGAUAAAGCCCGAUCCCCGUUGAGAAGUUAGUGAAAUGCAAGAUGCAGGACAACCUUGAGUUUUGUCAAUGGAUAAAGCGAUUUUGGGAUACCAACUAUGGCGGACAGGGAUAUGACCCUGUAGCCCGUAGACGAGGUGCACCGACCGACACACCUGCCACGAUUGCACCGCUCGCACCGUCCAAAGGACUUGGAGUUUCAUCGUCGCGGUCUGGCGGCAAGACUCCCAUCUCCGGACACCGUGCACCUUCGACGCAGCCUAGCGAGCUUAUUCAGUUGCGAACCCAACUGGCUGAGAUGUCUACACAUUUAGAGAGUUUAGAGAAGGAGCGGGAUUUCUAUUUUGCGAAGCUCCGUGACAUCGAGAUCCUCGUACAAGGACAACUAGAAGUCAACGAAGCAGAGAACUUGGAGACUUCACCCGUUCUCCAAGAUAUCCAGAAAAUCCUCUACUCUACUGAGGAGGGCUUCGAGGUUCCCGAACAAGAAGCUGCGGAUGAAGAGGAGACCUUUUAAUCUACUCCUUCGACCGCAUCUUCUUUCAUUCCAAUUCAUUGAUAUAAUACGUUCCCUUCAUCUGCAUCAAGAUAUCCGUCUAUACAUCCCCUGCAGCUUACAUUGACUAUCUUAUAUCCGCGUUCAUCCUAGUAAAGUGCCCUUUCUUACUUUUCUGAAUCUACCCUUUUACUCGGGGCAAAUUGUUGAUUUGUGCAGUACGCUCAUUUUUCACUUCUUGUCAAUACUGCGACGCCCGGAAUAGAAUCCGAGAAUGAAAGAGAAAAGCUGCUACAGCGGAUGAGCGUGCAUCCAGCGUGUUUCGAGUCAAUGGGACGGACAUUUAUUUGCAACAUGACCUCCCUGUCAGGCAGACGACGGACUCCAAGGACUCCGGAGUGGGGAGAUCAGGAAGAGGAUGAGAGGUAAGUGAACCGAAUGCACCAGUAAAUCCUGGCCUUGUAC